AUGCCUUGCUCAGCGGUAACUUUGUCUAUAGCGACUAUUACAGCAAUCGUGGCUGCUGCCUUGAUGGCUAUCGCAUUUUCAACAGACAACUGGCUAUAUAUUGAAGUAAAACGGAGUAACAUUCAGACCUACGUGACGGGGAACACGGACAACUCUCAAGCGAUACUGGAGAGCCUGAAUAACAAGUACUACUUCUACACGAGGACCCGAGGCCUCUUCCGCAUUUGCUAUCCGAAAGAGCGGCCGCCUACAGUUGAGAUCUACCUAUCCCCGGUCGAGACGCACUGUAGCAAUGUCGACUACUUCAUACCCGACGAGAACAACGAGACCAAAGGAUUCUCCGACGACGCGAUGAACAGACUGCAUAUGGCGCGGUCUACAGUGGCGCUGUUCAUAGUUGCUUUCCUGGUGCUCUUCAUCGCGUUCUGGACGGGCGUCGUCGGCUGCUGGAAGCGCAGCCCCGGGAACAUUACUGCCACCGCUAUACUCAUGCUGAUGACUUGUUUACUCUCGGCCGGUGCGAUGGCAUUAUGGCACGGAGUGGAGUUUUACGAAAAGGAGAAAGUGGUUGGCGAGGAAUAUUAUCAACAGUGGCCUAAUAUAUUGCGAGAUAAUGCUCGCGUUUGGUACGACUGGUCGUACAUUGUCGCGUGGUGCGGCGUCGGUUUGUCGCUGCUGUCGGCCAUUUUGUUUUCAUCGGCCGCCAUUUGCUUGCGCGGCGAGCGGGAGAGAGAGGAGGCUCUUAAUAUGCAGUAUCUCAUGCCUGUGUACCCCCAGAAGCAACAGUACGCUUACGCUGGCUACCCGCCGCCUCAAGCGUACCCCGGUCCUUACUACCACGGAUCCCAAUACGGGCCCUACAACUACUGA